GCCUCCCCUUCUCCCUCUCUACUCCCAUCCAUCCCUGGCUACUGUGUUGUGGGACCCCCUGAUGAGUGGGACCUGCCUCCAUGAGCCCCGCGCCCCCUCCCCCUCUCUCUCAGGCUUCAGCACCCCUAUCUCAGAGCCCCCCUUCCGCAGGUUGGAUGCAGACACCCCCGCCUGCACCCCAGAGACCGACUUGACCCCCACCCAGUGUGUCCUGCGCAACGUGUUGUCCAUCGACACAGGGGGGGCACCAGGGGUGCCAGGCGGGGGUGAGGGGUGCCCCCACACCUGUGGCAGCAGCCCCACCCCUAGCGACGGGCCCCCGGCCCACUUUGACAACAGCGUGCUGAAGUUACACGAGCAUGAGGCCUGCCAGUGUGGGGGCGGGGCAGAGGCGGGGCUUAGCUCGGAGGCUGGGGCCGUCCGUAGCCAGUCAGACAACAUCCGGCUGCAGCAAGGAAGUGGAGGGUUCCUGGAGGGGCUGUUUGGCUGCCUGAAACCCGUCUGGACCAUGAUCGGGAAAGCAUACUCCCCCGAGCACAAGCAUAACCAGGAAGGUGUGUGGAGUGAGUAUAACAGCCAGUUCUUUGUCCCUACAGUACAAGGUCAUAUGUGUAUAAUAAAGACUUUUGUAUACUUUUAGGAUACUGAAUACCUUAACCAAUACAGAAAUACAUGGACACUGAAUCUUUUGUCACUUGAAAUGUUAGUCAUUCACUGUGUCAAGAUGGUGAGGUAAAUCCGUAACCAUGGUGAUGAAUUGUAUAUCCAAUAAAAAGGUUCAACUUCGAGAUGCUGCUCUUCCUCCCUACUUUUCAUUUUGGAGGGUAUUCACUAAAAUGGCUUACAUUUCUCUCUCUUUUUAUAUCUCUCACUAUGCCUUCCUGCCACCAUCCCCUACUCUCCCCCAAAAUGCUGCUGAUGAUACCUGUGCACUAGCCUCAUUCACAGUCUUAUCUACAGUAGCGGAUUCACAGCUGGUUUGCGAGACGACACGAGCAGCUGCCUCUACAGCAGCAGGUCCCUGGAGACCACAAAACUUCAGUGGACCUCAUCCAGAAUUAAUCUGCUUGUCUCUUUUUCCGCCUACUGGCUUCUUUCUUCUCACAGUGACCAAACUCUCAGUCAUUCAGCUAUCUACUGUACUCUUAUGACAGAUUAUGGGAGAUGAGAGAUUAGCUUUGGGGAGAUGUGCAGCUGUUUGCCUCUACAUCUCUCUGUUCAACUGCCAUCUUACUGUACACUGCACAUAUUGAUCCAAUCGUGAGCUAUGAUGCUAUAACAGGGGGAAAACACCUACUAAUGUGUCGAUAUUAAGUACUUUUUUUCACAGGAAAGUCUCGGUUGUUUAUGUCUGUCCCAUGUGGACCAUUAAAAUGCAACAGAUGAUGUCGUUUAUAUGAUACAUCUCAGCUGGUUUGCUUGGAGCCAUCUGCCACCCACAGCCUGUCACUGACUGCUUCCUUGUGUUGAUGUUGCGUUCUUAGAAUCCUGGGAGGUUCCAUUUGAAGAGAUCUCGGACCUGCAGUGGGUUGGCAGCGGGGCCCAGGGGGCCGUGUUCUUGGGGAAGUUCCAUGGAGAGGAUGUGGCCGUCAAGAAAGUCCGGGACAUCAAGGAGACGGAGAUCAAGCACCUACGCAAACUCAAGCACCCCAACAUCAUCACCUUCAAGUGAGAAAAACUCUCUGACCCUGACCCCAAGAGACCAGUAGUAGAACGUAUAAACAUAUCCCCAACUGUUGGUCCGAGCUAUUGUAGCCUAGACCAACAGUAACUUGCAAACCAUCUAUGACAUCAUCACGCAUUGACUCUAUUUUUCUUUAUCCUUGUCCCUCUCCUUCCCGUCCUCCCUCCCUCCCUCCCUCUCUUUGUCCCCAAGGGGUAUCUGCACCCAGGCUCCCUGCUACUGUAUCCUGAUGGAGUACUGUGCCCAGGGCCAGCUGUAUGAGGUGCUGAGAGCGGGCAGGAAGAUCACCCCCUCCCUGCUCAUUGACUGGGCCAUGGGCAUCGCCGGGGGCAUGAACUACCUGCACCUCCACAAGAUCAUCCACAGAGACCUCAAGUCCCCCAAGUGAGUCCCUGUGCUGGAUAUUAUCAAAAACAUCCACUUAUAUCAUGGUUGGGCAAUCAUUUUGGCUCGAGGGCCACAUCGGGAUUUCCAAAUUCAGUGGAGGGACCGCACAGAUUUGUUUCGGAUCGAUUUGUUAGUCAAAACCAAUUUGCGGGCCAGAAAAAUGAUCUGAAAAACGUAUAGGUCCGUUCAAGAGUGUCCUGAUUUUUACUCAAACCUCCCACGGGCUGGAUUGAAUGGGCUCGCGGGCAAAAUCAGGUCCGCAGGCUGUAUGUUGCCCACCCCUGGCCUAUAGAGACCAGAAGUCCCCAAAUGAAUCAAUGAGCUCUUUCUGGCUUAAGAACAUCUACAAUAAUAGUGGUUUUCUUUCUAUCCAUGGCAGUAUGCUGAUUACCCAUGAUGACCUAGUGAAGAUCUCUGACUUCGGCACCUCCAAGGAGCUCAUUGAUAAGAGCAUGAAGAUGUCCUUUGCUGGUACGGUGGCCUGGAUGGCCCCAGAGGUCAUUCGGAAUGAACCCGUAUCAGAGAAGGUGGACAUCUGGUAAGUGAAGGAAUUAAACUUCUUGGCCAUAGAAAAGAGGACCAAUGCAAUCCCAUCUCAGUGAUCACUAAUAUCAGUAAUCACUAAUAUAUAUGUUGUGAACUGCAGGUCAUUUGGGGUGGUGCUGUGGGAGAUGCUGACCGGGGAGGUCCCCUAUAAGGAUGUGGACUCCUCUGCCAUCAUAUGGGGGGUGGGCAACAACAGCCUGAACCUCCCUAUCCCAGAGAGCUGCCCAGAUGGCUUCAAAAUCCUCCUGAGGCAGUGCUGGUGAGUGGAGAUGGAGGGAGGGAGGGAGGGAGGGAGGGAGGGAGGGAGGGAGGGAGGGAGCGAUGGAGGGAGAGGGAUGGUGGAAAAGAGGAGAGAGAGGUGAGAGGCGGCAGUGGAAAUAGAUAGCGGGAAAUUCUCUCCUUUUAAAUCUUUCCCAGGUAGACUUGGCCCAUGUACAACCAUAUUGAUUAUACAGUACAUAUACAAAGUGGUCUCUGACUGAAAAUAUCUCCUUGGCUUUGCAGGAACUGUAAACCCAGAAAUAGACCCUCUUUCCGUCAGAUCCUCCUCCAUCUGGAUAUAGCCUCAGCUGAUGUACUCUCCACCCCACAGGAGACAUACUUCAAGUCUCAGGUAGCCUACUCUACACUAUAUCUCACACAAUUUAAUGAACUUAUACACAAACAAACACAUUCACAAGUGAACACAUAUGAGUGCACAAAUGUGUGCAUGCACGUGUACACACACACACAUACCCAGUGUCUAAGUGUGUGUGUGUGUGUGUGUGUGAGUUGCGCAGGCUGAGUGGCGGGAGGAGGUGAAGCAGCACUUUGAGAAGAUUAAGUCUGAGGGGACCUGUCUGCACCGACUGGACGAGGAACUGAUCAACCGACGCAGAGAGGAGCUCAGGUCUGUACCACAACACUCUGACAGGCAGAGUUACUUUUCUCUUUUAGCUGCUGGAAGUGGUGCUAUGCCAGGAUAGUAUAAGAGAAAACCAUCACCCACUGGGCCCAGACUCAAUUCAUUGAAAUGACGUGGAAACAACGUUGCUUCAACCAGUGUGUGUCCAGUGGGCAGUGCUUUGUUAUGAGCUUUGAAACUAUAGUACAGUAAUCCCAGGGUCAUGUAGACAGGCAGUUGCACUAACAUCUAAUGUCUACAGUUCCUUUUUAUCCAAUCUAUCUAUCUUUGAAGAUAGAAAAAAGAAAGAAAGAGAUAGAAAUAAAAGUCUCAGGGCACAUUUCUUGGAUCCUUUCAUGCGGAGCAUGAGGUCAUUUGUGCGCUCUUUUCUAUUCAGGCACGCUCUGGACAUCCGUGAGCACUAUGAGAGGAAGCUGGAGAGGACCAACAAUCUCUACAUGGAGCUUAACGCUGUCAUGCUGCAGCUGGAGCUCAAAGAGAAAGAGUUGCAGAAGUAGGUGGCUCCCUCAGUCAAAGCACUUCGAUGCUUGUUUAGUUGGUUAGCUAAUUCUCGGAUCAUUUGAAUAAAGACAAGUCUAAUUUAGCACAUAAAUCAUAUCAGCUAUUAUGGCAUAUAGACAUUCUGAACAUGCAGUGUUUGAAAAUGAGUUGAUAAAUAGUCUCUGGUAAUUGGGGUUAUGGUCAUAGAAAUAGAAUAUGCAGAACAGACUAGUUUCUCGAUUUCUCGAUGUGUUCCUAGGAGAGAGCAGUCUUUAGAUAAGAAGUAUCCAGGACUGUUCAAGCACCACAGCUCCAGACAGACUAGCUCCUCCAACUCCAUGGACAAACUCAUCAAGAAGAGAAACGUCCCACAGAAACUGCCCUCUGGAAAGAGGUGAGAGUUCAUUCUGAGAGCCAAAAGCAUAGGAGAAAAGAGUAGUUCUUAUGUGAACCCUAUAAGGAGGUGGAUCAUGCAAAACUAAAUACUCAAUUGAAACCACUAUUAAUAGCUGAAGAUUUGAUUAUUUCACAGUGUAUCUGACCAUCGUUUCCUAUUCUAUCCUGUUCUCAUAGGCCAGACAUCCUCAAGUCAGAGGUGAUCAUUCCCAAGAUGGAUUCCUCCGUGAUGCAGGUCACUAUCCCCUCCUGCCCCAACAGGGGCUCCACGUCCCCCAGCCGCUCGCGUAGGGUCAAGACCCGCCACCGCAAGCCUGGCAAGGGCAGCAGCGGGGACCUUGCCGGCCUAAAGGCCACUCAACCCUCUCCCAACGGGGACAACCCUGCCCAGGCCAACAGCUCCAGCACGGGCCCCUCCAAGCAGCUCCUGGACCCCAGCGUGGCCCUGCGGGUCCUGGGCCACGAGCAGCAGCAGAGGCAGCUGUCCUCCUCCAGCCCGGACCUCAUCUGCACCACACUGGCGGCUGAGGGUCAAGGGAAAGGAGAAACCACCGUUGGCAGCCUGAGCGCCUCCGCGGGCCUGGGGGGGUCCGAGGGGGGCGCGGGGGGUCUGGAUGACCUCACAGAGACCCCCCCGCGUAGCGACACGCCCAGCGAGGACGCGGCCUCGUUCCCCUUCUCUAGCAGCCCAGACUCACCAUGUGGGAGGGGGGCGGCCGCCGGGAGGGGGUCUGUGCUGGGCGCCCCACGCCUGCCCCAUGAUGGCGACGAUAAGGAAGAGGGAGUGAGUGGUGUGAGGUUACCCCGGGGGGCAUCAGGGCAUCUCACCCCCUCAGCUAUCCUGUACAGGGCAGCCAUUGCACGCAAACAGGUACUGUCCCAAUGAAAGCUAGUCAUGUUUAGUAUGUACUCUCUCCUUUCAUCUCUGUGAAUGUGUUAGCUAACCCAUUCUGUUUUCUCUGCUGUGUCCACAGAGGCGUGGCGUGUCUUCAGAGGAGGAGGAGGGGGAGGUUGACAGCGAGGUGGAGUUGCCACGGAGACGGUGAGCUGUGUUGGGGAAGCUACUCGGAAAUAGAUAGUUUACCAAGCUACUAAUUACUUCACACUGGAAUAAGUUAAGCUACACUAAAGCUAUCCUUAAGAAAAAUAUAGUUUACAUAACUAAAGUUACUUUGAAAAAGUAGUUCAUUACAUCCAAACUACUUUGUGAUACAUUUUCAUAUCUAAAUCUGAAAUGUCACAGACUACAAAUUGCAAGGAUAGAUCACUCUGGAGUCAGAAGUUAACAGAAUGUGUAAUUUAGCCUAUUAAACACAAAAACUGUGUUUUAAGUUAGAAUUAGGCAGGUCUGAUGUCGAAAAAGAAAGGUAAUUGUUGCCUACUUCACCCAUGUUUAAUUUUAGCAAAAAAGGUCAUGUGCAAUUCCAGUAGUUAGCUACAUUGCUACUUGGCAAAACUACUGAAAACACUACCAACAUUAGAGUUUAGUUCAACUACCACCAAGCUACUGCAAAAUGUAGUUAAAUUACUAGUUGAAUUACAUGUAGUUCACCAACAAACAGACAAAAAUAUCUUCUUAUCUCAUCUUUGAUAUCUUCACUAAAUGUGAUAUGAUUUUAGGAGUCAUAGGGUUUGGUACCAUUAUGAAAAUAACAUUUGUAAAAGAUAACAAUUCCAAUCAGAGAUGUUUGUGUAGCUAGUAUAAGUGGUGUUGUAAGUGGCUAUUCAAUGACUAUUCAAUUGGACUAUACAAUAUGAAUCAAAUGAAUUAAUCAAAACUGAAACAAAACUAGAUUCCUCUCUUCUUUUAUCUCCCUCUUCUCCCCAGACGUCCGACCAGCAUCACCAAGUGCCAGUUGGUGUCUACCUUCAGCUCGGAGAACCUCUCUGUGUCGGAUGGCGAAGAGGGCCACACCACCGACCACUCCCAUAGCGGCACGCCGGACGUCGUCAGCACCAACACGGAUGACCGUCUGGGCGACCGCAGCGAUGACCUCCUGUCGCAGGGGUCAGAGAUCCCAGCAGACAACACUGACCCGGUGCAGGCCUCUGGCGGGCUGUCUGAGAGGGAGGGAGCCCUGGGCCAGGUCAAAGCCCUGCUGGACUCUUCACAGAAUCCUAAUGAGGUAACACAAUUAUCUCUCUCUAAUACUGGAUAUAUACCCUGUGUUAUUUGUAAUUACACUGAAAAAAUAUAAAUGCAACAUGCAACAAUUUCAAAGAUUUGACUGAGUUACAGUUCAUAUGAGGAAAUCAGUCAAUUAAAAUAAAUAAAUUAGGCACUAAUCUAUGGAUUUCACAUAACUGGGAAUAGAGAUAUGCAUCUGUUGGUCACAGAUACCUUAAAAGAAACGGGCUUCAGGAUCUCAUCACGGUAUUUCUGUGCAUUCAAAUUGCCAUUGAUAAAAUGCAAUUGUGUUCAUUGUCUGUAGCUUAUGCAUUAUACCAUAACCCCACCGCCACCAUGGGGCACUCUGUUCCCAACGUUGACAUCAGCAAACUACUCGCCCACAUGACGCCAUACACGUGGUCUGUGGUUGGCAAAGGAGAAAUGCUCACUAACAGGGAUGUAAACAAAUGUGUGAACAAAAUUAGAGAAAAAUAAGCUUUUUGUGCAUAUGGAAAAUUAUCUGGGUAUCUUUUAUUUCAGCUCAUGAAACAUGGGACCAACACUUUACAUGUUGCAUUUAUAUUUUUGUUCAGUGUAGUUUAUCUGUUCCCCACCACUAGUUUCUGAUAUACACUACUUCCAUAGACUAGAACCAUUAACACCUCCCAUAACUCAGAGGUUUCAGUUGUUUGUCAUCUACCUCUAGCAUAAUGUUUCUCUCCUCUUCCUCUACCUCAGAGUCGGGCCCUGUGCGACGACUCGGACUGCGACAGCGCUGAGCUUGACCAGUCAGGAAGCGGGGAGCCCAGUCGUCCACCCAGCGCUGGGGCCUGGGCACCUCCAUCAGGAUACCAUUCUGGGCCCCAACAAGGGUCUCCUCAGGGGCCCCAGACAGGGCCUCAA